AUAAUCCAUCCAACACCCCACCCAUGGCGCCCGUCUCCAUACAAAACCUCCAUAAAACCCUCUCUUUCUCCCUUUUCUCCGCUUGAUCACUCUUCCGAAGAGGGCGAAGCGGAUGGCUUCCCCAAGAUGGGUCGCUUUGUCUCUCCUUUCUUCUCUGCUGAGCUCGGUCCUCACGUCUUCCUCUCCUCUCGAUCCCGCUGGAUUCCUCCGGAGGGCUAAGGAAUCGGAGUUCUCGGACUGGAUGGUGGGCAUCAAGAGGAGGAUCCACGAGAAUCCGGAGCUCGGCUACGAGGAAUUCGAAACCGGCGAGCUCAGCAGGAGGGAGCUCGACGCCAUGGGUCUCGCCUAUAAGCAUCCGAUCGCCGUCACGGGUGUUGCAGGUUUUGUCGGCACGGGGAAGCCUCCGUUUGUCGCGUUGCGGGCCGAUAUGGAUGCCCUCCCCGUGGAGGAGAGCGUGGAGUGGGAGCACAAAAGUAAAGUCCCUGGCAAGAUGCAUGCAUGCGGCCAUGAUGCCCAUGUCGCGAUGCUGCUAGGUGCAGCUAAGCUUCUUCAAGGGUAUCGUGAUGAGUUGCAGGGAACAGUCGUCCUUCUUUUCCAACCAGCUGAGGAAAGAGGUAGUGGGGCACAAAAAAUGAUAGAAGCUGGAGCUGUGGAGAACGUAGACGCUAUUUUUGGGUUUCAUCAUGUACACCAUGAGAUUCCUGUUGGUGUAGUGGCAUCCAGGCCUGGGCCAAUUUUGGCUGCGACUGGGUUCUUCAAGGCUGUAAUUAGCGGAAAGGGAGGUCAUGGUGCGUCUCCCCAGGAUACAAUAGAUCCAAUCUUAGCUGCAUCAAAUGUGGUUGUAAGCUUGCAGCAUCUUGUUUCACGUGAGGCUGAUCCCAUGGAUUCACAGGUUAUUGUUGCACAAGCAUCUGUGCAGAGGUGCAAUGCUACUACGGACUUCAUGAACGAACAACACCCUUUCUAACCUGUGACAAUCAACAGCAAAGAUCUUCAUGAGUACUUCCAGAAGGUUGCGGGAGAAAUGCUUGGGUCCAACGAUGUCAGAGAGUGGAAGCCAAUGAUGGGAGGCGAGGACUUUGCUUUCUUCGCUGAAGCUGUUCCCAGGGCGUAUUACUACAAUGUGGGGAUUAAGAACGAUUCACGUGGAGCAUCGCAUGUCGAGCACUCUCCAUACUUUACCAUCAACGAGGAGGCACUCCCACAUGGUGCAGCCCUUCAUGCAUCUCUUGCUGCACGGUACCUUCUUGAAAACCGCAACGCAUCUCCGUCCAAUGCCAAUGUCCACGAUGAACUCUAGAUAUUCUAGAAGACUUUUAUAUAUGCUGGUGGGUUCUGUUUUAUUUUUUAUUUUUCCCUUUUUUUUGGGCCAGUCCAAUUGGCAACGCAUCUCCGCUGAUUUAUGAAUAAAUGAUGGUUGCUAACGCCAACCUUUUCAAUUAAAAAAAAAAAAGGAAAAUAGAAAAAGAAAGAAAGAAAAAAAUAGAGUGUACUGAGAUUAUGUCAGUAUUUAUAAUAGGCCGUGAUUUAUUCUUGCUCAACUUAUGCUAAAUGGUCAACAUUUUGUGUAAUUAUCUUCAGUUCAUGUUAGAUGGAAAACACCUUUACCUAAAAAAAGUGGAUUUCCAUUCAUGGAGCAGUAUGCUGAUGUGCUGAGCGCUUGGUGGGGAAAUAUAUGACUGAUUGUUUAAUUAAU